AUUGAACCAAAAACAAAAAGAAACACUUGUGUAUGAUUCCUUCAUCUUUUCCACUUUCCAUUUUUACAUCACAAAAACCCUCUUUAAAUCACAAAUCCCCAACACAGAUUAUUUCCGAGUUAGCAUAACUAAUUUUGUUUUAAUAAUAAUUAAAUGGCAGAAAAACCCCAAGCAGUUGAGGUAUUAUAUUGUGGUGUUUGCGGGUUACCCGCUGAGUAUUGUGAAUUCGGACCCGAUUUUGAAAAAUGCAAACCUUGGUUGAUCCAAUUUGCUCCCCAGAUUUAUCCUGAUCUUAUUAAAGAUUCCAAUGAAAAGGAAGUUGAUGGAGUUUCCGCUCAGCUUCAGUCGUCUUCGAUAUCGGAUGUGACUUCCGCUUCUGCUGCAGGCUCUUCAGCACCAAAACAAGAACCAGUAAAGAGACUUCCAGGGGGCAAGGUUAAAAAGAAGGAGAAACAAGAAGUAAUAAUUGAGAAGGUAACCCGCAACAAGCGAAAGUCUAUCACCACCUUGAAAGGCCUUGAUCUUUUUGGUGUCAAACUGAGUGAUGCUUCAAAGAAGCUUGGAAAGAAGUUUGCAACUGGUGCUUCUGUUGUUAAGGGGCCAACAGAGAAAGAUCAAAUUGAUGUACAAGGAGACAUAGCAUACGACAUUGUGGAGUUCAUCACACAUACAUGGCCUGAUGUUCCCGAAACGGCAAUUUUCUUUAUUGAAGAUGGGAAAAAGGUCCCGGCUGUAUGAUUUUUCGAGUUCGUGUGUGGUAUUUUCAUUCGGCUAUCGGAUGUUAAAAGCUCAGAUUGUAUUCAUGAUAGAAACUGCUGUUUUUGUUGUUCAUAAACCAAUGGCUGAAUACCCCUUCGAGAAUUUUUCAAAGUGAAAUCAUCAACAGAUGUGACAACGAAUGCAUAUGAUUUUCUGAUUGAGUUGUGAUUUAUGUAUACGAUGGUGACUUUUAUUUUACCAGAGUCAGGAUCAUAUGAUUUUCUAAA